ACGAAGUCACGCGCAAAAAUCUUUCUUAUAAAAGCAUGGAUUUUGGUUUGUUCUUCAGUUCCGAGAUCUACAAUUGUUAGAAGACCAUCGCAGUUCAUCACGUUCAGCCAAGCCAGUAAUUCAAAAAAGAUGUUUCGUUACCUACUAUUAGGUCUUAUUGUAGCUUCCGUUUCUGCCUGCUCUUUUUGGAAUAAUUACGAUGCAUUGUGGGAAAAUUAUAAGAAAGCCUUUAAUAAGACGUAUAAUUCGUCCGAAGAAGGUUUCAGGAAAAGACUUUGGGAAUUAAACAUUGCAGCCAUUCAAAAGCAUAACUUGGAAGCCGACUUGAAGUUGCACAGUUUCAAACUUGGAAUCAAUCACUUUUCUGACAGACUCAUGCAUGAAUACGUAUCCAUGAAUGGAUUGAAAACGGUUAACCGUCCCAACAACAAUACUUUCAGUUCUCAUUUCUUGGCUCCAGAAAAUGUGAAAUAUCCUAGCUCUGUUGAUUGGCGAAAGGAAGGAUUUGUAACCGAAGUUAAAAAUCAGAAAGACUGUGGAUCUUGUUGGGCUUUCUCUGCUACUGGAUCUUUAGAAGGACAGCACAAAAGAAAAACAGGAAAAUUGGUAUCUCUUAGUGAACAAAAUCUUAUUGAUUGCUCUACAAAAGAGGAAGGCAACGAGGGCUGUAAUGGUGGAAUGAUAGAUUCUGCUUUUGAUUACAUUAAGAAGCAUGGCAUUGAUACCGAGGAAUCCUACCCUUAUAUUGCAAAGGAGCAAAAGUGUCACUUUAGACAGCAAAAUGUUGGCGCCACUAUGACAGGCUAUGUUGAUAUUCCUGAAAACGACGAAGAAGCACUCAAAAAAGCCGUCGCCACUGUAGGACCUGUGUCAGUUGCUAUUAACGCUAAAGGAUCUGGAUUUAUGUUUUAUAGGAGUGGUAUAUAUGACGUUAGCCAAUGCGACCCACAGAACUUGAACCAUGGAGUUUUAGUUGUUGGAUACGGAACUGAAAAUGGAAAAGAUUACUGGAUCGUGAAAAACAGUUGGGGAACUGGCUGGGGUGAGGAUGGUUAUGUAAAAAUGGCAAGAAACAAGAAUAUGUGUGGAAUCAGCUCUUUAGCCAGCUUUCCUUUGGUUUAAAAUUCUGGAACAACAGUUCUCGCAUUUAAUUUUAAAAAGAAAAAAAAAAUCCCUUUUAUUUUUUAUAGUUAUUUUCUCCAACAAUGUUUUGAAUUUGUGCCGUUUGUGUAUAUGAACAGUAGGCUUUAGACAUUUCUUUUAAAAUAUCAUUUCAGAAUGUGCAAAAGAACACCCUAAAAUGUAUCUACUUUCUAACUCAGUAUUUGCCUCUUAAAUCUUUUUAUUCCUUAGAAUUUCUGUAAUAUUCACAUUUUCUAAUAUACUUUAAAUUUAGCGAGAUAUAAAGGAUAUCUAAGAAUUUCCCUCGGUGUCUAAUCGAAUUUUUAACAUUGGAGCAGAAACUCAUGAGAUGGAAUCAAAGAAGGAAAAUCAAGUUUUGAAAAUUUUAUUUAUAUAUUUUUUAAAACUCGAUUUUUCUAGUAACAAGUUUACAAUUGAAUGAUUGAGUAACAGUAAUAGUAAUCGAAUACUCUUUUAAUACCCCUUAAUUCAAAGUUCACAAUUUACCAACAUUUUUACAUUUUUCUAUGUAUUGGCAAUAAUAAAUUACUAAAACUGGCAAUAAUAAAUAUAUAAUCUAAGAAUGUCAGAUUUGAAAAAAAAAAAAAAAAGAA